UCCAUAUAUACACUAAUUUGUAAGGAUCAUUUAAACCCAAAAAGGUUUUAAAAAGCAUGGCAUUAUAAAAUUCUGAGAAAUAUUUCAAAAUCUGAAAUCGAAAUGGUAGGGACGUGCCAAUAAAAACGUACAGCUUCAAUUAAUCUUGCUCAACACGUUAAUAAAUAAAACUUAAUCAGCAGCUAAUCGCUUAGUCACUUGGUUAUAUAGCUUCUGUGGGGAAGCAAUAUAAUUAGGAAGCAAUAUUGUGCAGAAUGAAUCAUAUAUCAAACAAUAUGAACCUUUUUAUCAAAAUAUAUUAAAAGAAUUCUCAUGGUUUGGUAGAAAAUAUAAUGCACCUCGGCACCUGUAGAUGGGCAGUGAUGAUACGUACACAAUUACCGGUUAUAUUUUCGUUAAUUCUUGAUUUCCGUUUAGUGGAAAAUUCCUAACUGAUGUUUAUAUUUUAAAUCUCUUUACCACUCUCCCUGACAACAAUCUUACCGGUUAGAUUCCAGAAGUGCUUACUGAAUUCAGCAACUUGAAAACUUAAAUUUCUUAUAACCAUCAGUUGUACGACAAUUUUUGCAUUUUAGGCAAACUAAGUUACAAUAUCUCAAUUUCUGAUAUAUGUUGAGAUUUUCUUCAAGAAAAUUAUUUGACUCUUCCAAAUGUAUUUUAUCCUUUAUGUCACUUAGUAAAAAAGUAUUCCAAACUUUUGAAAAUUAAAGCACCAACUAUCUUACAAUGUUGAACCAACGAAUUGAACGGAGUGAAUGCGGGCAUAGAAAACGUAUUAACUGUGAAUGGCCAGAAGCAUUACAAGCAGCAUCGGCUCUGGCCAUGUGCCAAGAGUGCAAAUGCACAAGAUCCCUAAUUUCUUUUACACUUUUACUUUAGGUUUAAGAGUCCAUUAUUGUUAAUUUGUAUUAAUUAAUAUAUGAAAAUAUAUACUCCCACCGUUUUCUUAUAUAAGUCGUUUUAGAGAAAUUUGUAUGUUCCAAAUUAUAUGACGUUUUUAGUUUUCUAUGUAAAAUUUAUUAACACUUAAAUGUUAUAUGACUAAUGAUAAUAUACCUUCUCUUUUAUUAUUGGUUGAUUUGUAGUUAGGUAAAUAAUUAAUGAUAUUUUUGUUUAGAAAAUAUAAAAAAUUAAUAAUUUUUUAAUCUAUGUGCAUAAUUCUAAAACGACUUAUACUAAAAAACGGAGAGAGUAUAAAGUAAGGGUGAAAUACAUAUGAAACAAGGAUCCAUUUUAAUAUUUUGAAUAUGGUCCAUUACAAUGUUGAGCCGGGUCUGAUUACAAGUUGUGUUGAGUGUGGAAACAUAAAAACUGACACUAAGUAGUCACUAACAUGAGUACACUAACAUGAGUGACAAUCAUGUCUCUAUAACGGUUUUUCCCGACUGAAUUAAUGUGGGUUAUGUUAUUGGUAUUUUGGGCUUGCUUUUCUUUAUCGAAUUUGUUAUUUUCUUUUGGAUCAAACUAAAGCAAAUACCAUAAGAUGCAUCCUCAACAAUAUUCUGGUGACCAAGAUGCAUUUAAGAUUACAUUAGGGAAUCUACGUGUUGGUGAUAGUAAAAGUGGCGGCAGUUGUAACCACGCUCAUGUGGUAUUGUGAUUGCAAUGCAAGUUUUGUGGGAUGCUAUUGAUAAGUUCAACGAGAAUAAUAUACUUUGAGAGAGUGAUUUUGUAGUAGACCAGCUGAAUUUUGCAUGUCCAUUGACUGAUUGACUCCACGAUUCAGUUUUAUUGAUUGAUGCAUCUUUGAAAUUGCUAGUUUAUUUUAUGAUUUCAUUGACAAUUAAUUAAUCUUUUGUACGAUUUGUCGAUUCAUAAGAUACUAAAAUUGAUUUUACUACAACUUCCAUAAGCAUAUAUCCCACACAAAAAAACAUACUCUUUUCAUUCCGUUACGAUAUACUUCCUCUAUUUUCAAAAAUAAGAUUUUAGACAUUUUAUAUUUUAAUGUAUUUUGUAUACUUGUAAGAAGCAUUGAUUAAGAAAAUUUAAAUUGAUAAAAUAUCAUUGUUUGAUAGUAAUUAGAAGUUAAGUAAAUAAUAAAUUCAGAUGUAAACAUUAAUUUUAUUCUUAAUAUGCGUGAAUAUUCAAAAUGAUAUAUAUUUUUAUGUUUCCUAUGACAAAUUGUAAACUUCAAAAACAAAAUUGAGUUUUUAAAUUACUGUUGAUUAACAAUUAUGGAAAAUUAAUAAUUGUAUAAAAUGAUGCACUUAUUAUAAUGAUUUAAUGUGUUUUAAUAUGUGUGAAACUUUAAAGAACAGUGGUAUUAUUUAGUUAUAAAAUACAUGAUGAAAUAGUGCCAUGUAUAAAAAUGAGCUUUCUUCAAAAUGAUAUUCAUUUUAGAAGCGGAUAUUUAACAACUUGAUUAAAGACAUUUUAUCGAUAAAUAUAUAUUAACUAAAUUUUACUUGGAUAAUAUAACAAAAAACAAAAUUUUGAGAAGUUUAUAUUGUCAAUGGAAACAAAAUUAGGAUAUUUUUUUUCUAAUCACGGGGCGUAAUUGUUAUUUUCCAUACUUAUAGUGCUAAACCAUAAAAAGCAUAAAGUAUACGCGCCUUUCAAUCUCUAGCUGUCUCUUUCCAAUUUUCUCAUUGGCCAAGGGAAACAAAUCUUACUAUUUAGUAAAGAUGGAUAAGAUUAUAGCAUUUCCCUCCCUUAAAUAAGUCAAAUUUGAUUUCUUUUUUCUUGCUUGAAUUUGGAAAAAUUUGAUAUUUCCAAAGCAAUAAAUCUACCGUUUCGUUUCCUCCUUGCUCACUAAACAAGAACAAUAUCUCCACAAAAUAAACUCCUCCUUCCUUAACUAUCUCUCUCUGUGCACCCUUCAAAGUUUAAAACCCUACUCAACGCCUCCUUUGUUUGUAACGCUGAUGAAGAUGACCAUCAUCGUGAAUGUUUUGUUUUGUUUCCUUUGUGCCAUCGCCUUGGUGUCCGCGCAACAAAGUCCUGAUCUAGCCACCAUGAACGCUCUAAGAGACUCCCUCAAGUUUCCGAAAGACUUCUCCUGGACAGGACCGGAUCCUUGUAAGUGGAGCGGUGUACAGUGCGACAGAAGCAACCGAAUCACUCGGAUACAGAUCGGUAAUAAAGGAAUGUCUGGAACGUUAACUUCUGAUCUCAACACCCUCUCGUCUUUAACUGUUUUCGAAGUCAUGGGCAACAAGUUAACCGGAGGGAUACCUAGUCUCGCUGGUUUGAACGCGUUGCAAACGAUCAACGCUCAUGACAAUAGCUUCACUUCGAUCUCUGCUGAUAUCUUCACCGGUUUGACGUCUCUUCAACAUGUGUACCUUGACAGUAACCCGUUUAGUCCUUGGGAGAUUCCUAUGAGUCUGAAGAGUGCAACUUCUCUAGCAGACUUCUCUGCCGCUAACUGUUUUCUUUCCGGGAAGAUUCCGGAUUUCCUCGGCGGACAAACGUUCCCUAGCUUGCAGAAGCUGCGCCUGUCUUCCAACUCGCUCUCCGGUGAACUUCCCUUGAGUUUUGCUAACUCACCUGUUCAAACUCUGUUGCUCAACGGGCAAACCCCGCAAAAGCUCAACGGGUCAAUCUCAGUUCUACAGAACAUGACUUCUUUAACCGAGGUGUCCCUGCAAGGAAACGCCUUCUCAGGUCCAUUACCGGACAUGUCUGGUCUUGUCUCUCUGACAAAGUUCAACGUCAGGGAGAAUCAGCUCACCGGUUUGGUUCCAUCUUCUUUCACCGAGUUGCAAUCUCUUGCUGUGGUGAAUAUGACUAAUAAUCUUUUUCAAGGAUCAACACCAACCUUCAAGGCCAAAAACGUUGCGGUUGAUAUAACUCCAAGGCUCAACAGUUUCUGUUCAGAUUCUCCAGGCGUGCCUUGUGAUCCACGCGUCAACACGUUGCUUGCUAUCGUUGAAGCGUUUGGUUACCCUGUGAGAUUCGCGCAGAGCUGGAAAGGAAACGAUCCUUGUAGCAGUAAAAACGUGUGGGUGGGGAUAACUUGCACCGGAGCUGAUAUCACGGUUAUCAACUUCAAAGGGAUGGGACUCAAGGGAACUAUCUCUCCACGCUUUGCGGAUCUUACUUCUCUCAGGGUUAUCAAUCUCUCUCAGAACAAUCUCACAGGUGUUAUUCCACAGGAACUCACUAAGUUGACUAGCUUGGCAACUCUAGAUGUUUCCAACAAUCAGUUGUAUGGUAAGGUACCUGUGUUUGGUCCUAAUGUCUUGAUCACUACUGGGAACCCUGACCUAGGAAAAGAUGAUCCUGGACAUGCUUCUGGUUCUUCCGGAAGUAAUGCUGGGAAAGUUGUGGGUUAUGUUUUUGGAGUUGUGUUGGGUUUGCUUCUUAUCGGUUUGAUUAUUUUCUUUGUGGUCAAGAAAAGGAAGCAAAAUCGUAAGAAGUAUCAACAACAACAUUCUGGUGAAGAAGAUGCACUCAAGAUCACAAUAGAUAAUCUAUGUGCUGGUGGAAGUGAAAGUGGUAGCAACGGUCUUUUAGUGGAACCUGAGAACCCUGUGAUGUCAAUAGAGGUACUGAGGGUUGCUACAGAUAAUUUCGACGAGAAGAAUAUACUUGGGAGAGGUGGAUUUGGAAUAGUUUACAAGGGUGAAUUGCCAUCUGGGAAGACCGUUGCGGUGAAGAGAAUGGAAUCUUCGGUUAUAAGUGGAAAGGGUUUGGAUGAGUUUAAGUCAGAGAUUGCUGUUCUAACCAAAGUUCGUCAUCGGAAUCUAGUGAAAGUUGAAGGUUAUUGCUUAGAGUCCAACGAGAGACUUCUGGUUUAUGAGUACAUGCCGCUAGGAACAUUGAGUAGUCAUCUUUUUAACUGGCAGGAAGAAGGGUUACAACUUCUAGAGUGGUCUAGACGUUUGAUUAUUGCAUCGGAUGUGGCUAAAGGAGUGGAGUAUUUGCAUAGUCAAGCGCAUCAAAGUUUCAUACAUAGAGAUCUCAAGCCAUCCAACAUUCUUCUUGGGGAUGAUAUGCGCGCCAGAGUUGCUGACUUUGGUUUAGUCCGGCUUGCGCCAGAAGGCACACAAUCGAUUGAGACCAAAAUUGCUGGGACUUUUGGUUAUCUUGCCCCAGAGUAUGCAGUGACCGGAAGAGUUACAACAAAGGUCGAUGUUUACAGUUUUGGAGUCAUUCUCAUGGAGCUACUAACCGGUAGAAAAGCUCUUGACGUGAAAAGAUCUGAGGAAGAUGUGCACCUUGUCACAUGGUUUAGGAGAAUGUUCAUCAACAAAGACUCAUUCCCAAAGGCCAUUGACGCAUCAAUUGACAUCAACGAAGAGACACUCCCAAGCAUCAAUAAAGUAGCUGAGCUUGCCUGUCAUUGCUCUGCCAGGGAACCACAUCAGAGACCAGACAUGAGUCAUGUGGUUAGAGUGUUGGCCUCACUCCUUGACCAGUGGAAACCAGAUGAAGAUAUCUCUGGAAACGACUAUGAUGCACCUCCUCCUCCUCUUUUGGAGAUGAUACAGGGAACUGGCAAUGAUUCAUCUUUCUUUGGAGAUAAUUCUUUGACGAGUAUACCUUCGCGACCUCGCCAGAUUGACAACACAUUCAACACAGGACAAGGGAGGUAAGUGUGUUAGAGAAUUCGAUGAAGGAAAAAUUAAUGUUUUGUUGCUGGAUGAGAUCUUGUUUUAGGGUUGGGGAUUGUGAAUAUCUCUCUUUGGUACCUUGAUUCUCAAGUUAGGUUUCCUUUUUGCGGGAAUGAAACCCGUGUGCUUAAAUGAACGUGUCAUGGUCUACUACAAUUAUAUCUUGCACAUCCUAUACAUUUAGAUCAUUUUAGAGUGAGCAUUGCCCCCAUUGACUCCAGAAUUCAGUUUUAUUGAUUGAUGUAUUAUUUGACAAAUAACUGUUAUUCCGAUUUUAUGAUGUGAUCUUUAUUUACUUGUACGAUUCUUUAGACGUUAUAUACAUUAAUUGCCAGAAUUACAAACUAAGAACUCAAGAUAUGCAAAAUCAAGCCCUUUUUCAAAAAAAAAAAGAAAAAGAAAUGCAAAAUCAUAAACCAGAAUUAUAUAACUAUAAUACAUACAUGACUAGAGAGCUUGACAUGCGCGCCCGUGCGGGUGUUUGUCUUUAUUUAAAUAGAUAUUGAUAUAUUCUUUUACAUGCUUAGUAGUUUAUAUAAUUCUAUAAUUACAUUUUGACCCGUACAUUCAAAGCACAUGAUAAUUUAUUAUUGACACAAUUUUAAUUAAUAAAAAAUUAUAACAAUAUACAUAAUUUAUACUCCUUCUGUUUUAUAUUGUAUGUAGUUUUAGCAAAAAAAAAGUUGUUUCACAAUAUAAGUAGUUUAACAUAAUUCAAUGCACAUUUUAAUUUAUUGGAUAUUGUGUGAAUAUUUAAAUAAUGUUAAGCUUUUAUAAUUGGUUGAUUUACUGAUUAAAUUAUACUUUUUAAAAAGUAACCACUUUUUUUUAAUAUUUAGUGCUUAUAAUUUUAACUACUUAUAUUUAAACAUAGAGGUAGAGGGCGUAUAUUUUUAAAUUAUGUAUAUAAUUUAUGUACAUAGUUAUUUAGCGUUAAGUGUUUUGUGUGAUCAUAUCACUUUGGAAAUUAUUUAAAAAUAUUUUAGAAAACUAAAUAAUCGAAUAAAUUCAUAAUAAAAAAUAUUUCCAAACUUAUCCCAUUUAUUUGAAUAAUUUAUAGCCAAAAUUUUGGUAAAGAUCUCGUUUAUUGCUAACUAAGUGUAAGUAAUAAAUAUAACUACUAACCGGUAUUGGUAAAGAUCUCGUUUAUUGCUAACUAAACAAAAUUUCUUGUUUAGAUCGAAUGUAUUCACGAGUAUUAAUAACAUUAAUAAAAAUUAGUCUUUUAGCAAAUAUUUUGUUUUUCUCUUUUACUCUCUUGUUCAGAUCUAAUGUAUUUGCAAAUAUUAACAUUACCCAAUUUCAACAUUUUUAGCUUGUAAUCUACAAAUUCAAAAUGAAGAGAGUCAUUUUUUUUUACUUUGAAAUGCACUAGUUGAUCAUAUAUGCAUUGCACGUUAAUUUCAGGUCACGUUUGCAACAGAUUGUUCUCAAUUGGUGAAGAUGGUUCCGGAACCAGAAAAAUGACCAGCUUUUGUAAAUUAUUUGGAAUAUGUCAAGAACCUGAAAGAGAAUUUCACCCGAUCAGAGAUUAUCUACGUACCACAGACGCAAAAUACAAAGGCGGAUAGAAUAGCACGCAGUGUUAGGAAGCAGCCGUGUUUCGUCGUUCACAUAGAUACAGAUCACUCGGUUUGGUUUACAGAGUCAGUAUGAGUCUGUAUAAGUCGAUGACAAAAAAAAGGAUCAUAUAUGCAUUGCAAAUAUUGUAUUUUGCUUGAAGUUUAAUAUUAAUUAUAUUAUUUCUAUUAAAAACUUUAUAUUUUAAUAUAAUAUUUUAUUAAUUAACAUUGUUGUAAUAUUUUAAUAUGUGUUAUAAUUAUUUACAAAUGCUUUAUGAAUUCAAAUAUAUAUGAAAACUAUAAGAACCAUAUUAUAAAAUACAAAUAGUUUGAAUUUUCUUUUGUGGAGAAGAAUACCUUAAACUUCUAUUAUAGAGUUUUAGCAACUUCAAAAUAGAAUUUCUUUUUGAAAAUGGUCUAAUCAAAAGCAUAAACUAGAAUUAUAUAACAAAAAUACAUGAUGAAUUGAUGAUACAUGUGGUAUUUUCUUUUCAUAAUCUUUUACAUGUUAAUUUUUGAAAAUUUGUAUAUGGAAUGAAUCAUCUAUUAUUUGCUAAAGAUACGUACUUUUUGAUUAUCCAAGAACUGCAUAGUUUCCAUAUUCAUAAAAUAUCUAGAAAGGGGGGGGGGGGGGGGGGGGUUGUUGUUGGGAGAAAUUUGUGUAGAGUUUAUAAAUUUUAAAACUUGUUAGAUUUUAAAAUUUAUGUGUAUCAAGAAAAUAUAUAUACAAUGACUUACAAAAUUUGAUCAUAACUUUUCUAGAUUUCUACUUCAUGAAUUUAUAUUAUUUAUUUCUAUCAUUCAUUUUGUAAAUUAAAUAUAUUGUUAAGAAAUUUAAAAUACAUUGUUUAGGAUUUUAAAAAUAAAUAAAGAAAUAAUUAAAAUUAAUUUUUUAAAAUACUUUUAAAGAGAAUUUCGAAAAAAGUUUGAAAACAUUAAAAAUCAAAAUUUCGAAAACAAAUUUAAAAACAAAAUUUUGAAAAAUGUAUAAUUCGAAAACUAUAUAUUAUUCUUUAUUAUUUAUUUUUAUUUAAUGAUAAACAAUAAAAUAUAAUUAUACAUUCCAAAAGGUAAUUAUAUAAAACGUAAUGAAUUAUAAUUUUGGACAUAUAAUUCGGGUUGAAUGUGCAAAACAUAUUUGGCAAGAAUGAUUAUUUUGUUUUCUAGACUUUUCUAUCACACAUGCUUCGAUUGGUGACAACCAGAUAAAUAAAUAAAAAUAAAAAAAAUCAUUUGAGGAAUUCAAAAAUAAAAAAAAUGAAUUUUUUGUUCAUUUUGUUCUUCAUCAAAGUUGCAGAGGAAUAUUUUUCUUUAUAAAUUCACUCAUGUUUGAGGAAUAUAGAAAAAAAGUGUGGGAUCUACUUAUUAAUAAUUUGAAAAAAAAAUCAAAAUAACUGAUAUAAAUUUGUUCCUUCAACAAUAUGAUCACUAGUUAGAGCCAUAGAUUUGAUAAAUUUCAUGGAUAUACAUAAUAUUUUGAAAGUUAUGUCUUAUGAGUAAAAUGGAGAAAGUUCAUCUUCUAAUAACAUUAGAUUUAGUUAGAAUUAAAAAAUUAAUAAUAAUUAUUUUUUUUGAAUAACAAGAGAUUUUAAUGGAUAUUAAAAAUUCGCAAACUAAUAGCAAAAGAUUCUACUGAAAUUGUUAAAAUUAAUAAACCAAUAAUAAUAAAAUCUCAAAAUAUUCAAAGUUCACGAGAAUUCAUUUACUAAUAACAAAAGAUUUUACUGCUUCUGUUUUGGUAAUUCCUUUUUUUCUUCUGAUUUUUAGAAGUAGGUUUUUUUGUUCGAUAUACGUUUCUAUGGAGUGUUGUCUAGAUUCCUGUUUGAGCAUAUGAACAAAAAUAAAAAGGGAAAGAAAAUAAGUAUCCCUGUAUCCCUUUGAAAGAUUUUGAGUAUCCAAGAGAAGGAAGAUUAAGGGCAUGACUGAUUUUCCCGCUAACACCCGCAAAUGCAGUUUUUGUAGUUGGUAGCGGUUGACAGCGUUUCGAAACAAUCAUACAUACCAUUACAAAUCGUUUUAGACUCGAACCUCUUAAAAUCAAAAACUGGUUGCAUCUAGCGUUUGCGGUUGAAAAAUAAAUAUAAAAAUAUUUUCAAAAAUAUUUUAAAAUGAAAAAAUGGAAAAAAUUUAAGUAAAUAUAUAUAAAAUUUUAUUAUUAUUAAACCGCUGCAAUAUCUUAUAAUCAACUAGCAAACGCAACAAUUUUCAAACGUUGUGUCAGUCAUACAAAACACUUAAUAAUACUUGAAACCACAACCACCCACAUCCACAAACUCCCGCAUCCGCAACCGUGACUGCUGCGUUUGAACCAGUCAAGCCCUCAGAGAAAUUACUCGCAGACCCAUUCAGAGAAAUGUGAGUUAAUAUGACACCACAUAAAUUUCAUAAAUUCUUAAGUGUAUGUAAAAUCUUUAAGGGAUCAAAAGGAUUUUUGAUUAAAUUUAUCUGUUGAACCCUCUAAAAUCAGUAGUCAAAUCUAGUAUUGACCCUAUAAUAUAUUUACUAUGAUAUUUUGACCCCAGUUAAAAUUUUACUCUUGGUCUCAGGAACGGCAUUUUCCUUGACAUUGUCCUAGGAACGGCAUUUUCCUUGACAUUUGGCACAGAACAUAUGAUACUGAGUGGCAGAUCUUUGGGUUUGUUAGACUAUGUACGUUUCAAUACCUUUCAUAUUUUUAACUCUCAUUUUCUCUUUUUAAUAUUUCACAUCAUUUUCAAAAUAAAAAAGUUCUGCACAGCCAACCAAAAAGCAACACAUGACAUUAGUAAAUAAAAAAGAAUUCAAAAACUUAGAAACUGGUCAACACCGUCAUCAUAAAGGUUUCGACUGUUCAAACCCGUGGGGUGGUCUUUUAGAAACUUUUUCUUUCUAUUGGUUUUAUGGAAAAUCACAAUUUUGUUCGAGUUAUAGUUUAAACAGACUGUAUCUUCAAUAUGUGUUUGACAUGUUUCCUUCUCCAUAGUACAUUCGGCUCCAACAACAAUCCCGGUUUUCACAUAUCUUCAUUGUUCUGUCCAAAAGUAUAUAUAUGUUACUCAGUUUACGGGAUUAUAAGAGUUAACAUAUAUAUGACAUAUUUGGACAGAUGAUCCAAAAAUGAUUACUAAAUACCAAAAGAUGGGUAGGAAACUUGUUUGGCACCGCCAAUUGUUUACAUUUAGUACUUUAUAUACUUCGAAAUUGAAUAAAGAAAACACAAGAAGUCUUUUUCGAAACUCUUCAGUUCAGGUCUCCAAUUUUUUUCAGCACAUUGAAAUCUCAGGAGAACGAAAGUUUUGACAUCGUCAGAGGAAAACCCAGAAAACGCCUUUUAAAUAAACCCCAAAAAUAAUUAUUUUCAGAAAAUAUCAGUAAAACAUAACAAAUAAAAGUUUAAAAGAUUGCCUCCACUCAGUUCAGGUCUCCAUAAAUUUUCCGCAAGAUGAAUCUCGGAAGAACGAAAGUUAUGUUUUGAUCAUCAUCGGAGGCAAUUGAAAAAAGAAAAAUACCAAAUUUAACAUGGCAGAGAAGAUGGAUUCGAGAUAAAACUAAUCAAAACAAA